UUUCAUGUAUUUAGUGUCUGUAUGAGCCUACUGGAUACUGUGCUAAGGACUAAAUAUACUUUUAACAGUUUACACUCCCAACAAUCCCCGCAUUUUCUAGUAUUUGCCUACAUUUUCUAGUUUUAAAGAGAACAAGCUAUUCCUCUCAGGUCGUCAUUUUCCCUUCCGCCUCAAACGGAAUAGGUUUUAAUUCGAAAUUUCUUAACCUGUCCUCAACGCCAAAACAAAGGAAUGGGUGUGGCAGAGGACAUUGUUGUGGAGGCAGUUGAGCCUGCACCUACAGCAGCCCCAAAUUCCAAAUCCGUGACGGACAGUACAAAUUUUGAGCUGCCUGAGAAAGCUCACGACGGUCUUCCUAAAAUAGUCGUCCCAAUCACGUCCCCAGCUACCUAUGCUCCUGAUCCAAGACGAAGAGGCGAAACCGAAACUGCGACAUCAUUCCGUGACGAUGAUGACGACGUCGGGACCAAAUCGGAACAACCUUCACCUUCAACCACACCGGCUGAAAUUAAGUUGGAACGUUCCGUUUGCAAGUCACCAGAGUUGAUUGGGAAAGUGUUUAUCGAGCUGGAUCAACAUCAGCUCGUGCCCUCACUCGCGUCUUCUGCUCCUCUGAGUGGGCACCAACCAGUCCAGCUUGUGGGAAGCAUAUUCCUGGACAGGGGCCACAUCGCAGGAAUGAUACCUCCACAGUUGACCUUCAGAUGUAGAACUGCAGACCCCGUGAAGUCAGAAGCCGGUGGUAGCAGCGAAGACCGCAACGACGAUUGGAAUUCGCCUGGAGGAGACGGAGUUGGAGGAGGUUCUCGAGCCGAUGAUUGGAAUUGUGGCUCAAAACCAGGUGGAGGCGGAGAUACGACUCCGACUUGCUCUUUCGGAAGGCGUCGUGAUGAUUUUGGUGGAUCAUCCCGAGGGGGAAGAGAGGGUCGGGGUGCUGGACGUGGUGGGGGAGGACCUCGCGGGGAAGACUGGAAUUGUGACUGCGGAUUUUCCAAUUUCGCCAGCCGAUCGGAAUGUUUUAAAUGCAAAAGCUCAAAGCCUGGAGGCGGAGGUGGUGGUGGCAAUGAUAGCGGCUCAUGGGGUUCAUUUGGUGGAGGUGGAAUGGGAGGAGGAGGAGGUUCUCGAGGUCAGGAUUGGAAUUGUGACUGUGGAUUUUCCAACUUUGCCAGCAGAUCAGAGUGUUUUAAAUGCAAAGGCUCUAAACCAGGUGGUGGCGGAGAUAGCACUCCAGCCAAUUCUUACGGAGGGCGUCGUGAUGAUUUUGGUGGAUCAUCACGAGGAGGACGAGGGGGCCGUGGUGGUGGACGCGGUGGAGGAGGACAGCGUGGCGAAGAUUGGAAUUGUGACUGCGGAUUUUCCAAUUUCGCCAGUCGAUCAGAGUGUUUCAAAUGCAAAAGCUCAAAGCCAGGAGGUGGUGGUGGUGGUAAUGAUAGCUACGGUUCAUCGAAUUCAUUUGGAGGAGGAGGUCGAGGUGACUCAAGGGGAUCUUCCAGGGGACGAGGAGGUGGGGGUCGUGGGGGUCGAGGCGGUAGUGAUGGUGGUGGGGGUGGUUUUAGAGGUGGUUUUCGGGGUGGUGGUGGGUCGCCCUCCUUUGGCGAAGAGAGUUAUGGGUCCAGCAGGGGCCGUGGUGGAGGUGGUCGUGGGGGUUAUGGAGCAAAAAGACAGAACGACGAUGAUGACCAGGACAAUGGUUUCAAUAAAAGACCUCGUUAUUAUAACUCAUCCCCUCCCAAACCUGCUGUCACGGACGAUUCUUGGGAAUAAAAUUUUGUAAUUUUAUGCAAAUACUUGACUGAUUCAGGUCUCCCUAUUUUCCAAGCUUUAUUCAAGGUUGAGCUGCUUUUUCUUUUAAUUAAAUACUUUAAUCUUAUCUCAUACAACCGUUGACCAGAAACAAUUUUACUCAAUAAAUUUGUUUGAAACAAGUGCCCGACGGAUAAUGGGCGACAUAUAAAAACAUGUAUCUAAUAUACUUUGAGCAAGUAAUAAAAACCAAUUAUGCAAAACUUA